AUGAGCGUGGGAGGGGGUCACGAGGGUGAAAGGGGGUAUUUGCAUCAACAUGUCUUCCAUGCUCGCGAACCGUUCCGAUACGGUGGAGGUAAUGGAGGUAAUGGAGGAGGGGAGGGUGGGCAUGAGAUGAGUGGAGUCGUUAGCCACUUGCGCGGACUGCCGUCUGUAUCCGGUGGCGGGGCUAGCGUGCUGGGUCCAGCGUCGGCUCUGGUGCAUCCGAACCACCAUGGUAAUGGUGAUGGUGAUGGUGAUGCCGCGCGGGGAUCGCAUGCGUCGAGUUUGCUGGACUCGAGUGUUGGUUUGCGCAGGUACAAGAUCGCCGAUAUCUUGUCGCCCGCAGACCAGGAGUUUCUCCAUGAUGAUGACGCCGACGACCGGGGGAAUUGGGGCGAUGUCGCCGCGGAUGACGUGCGUGGUUUGUUUGGCGAUGCCGGGUUGUUGGUGCAUGACACGUUUGAUGUGUUUGGGCUUGGCUUGCACUUGGGGCUGGAGUUGUAUCUGGGGAAGCCGUGCGGCUUGGAUCAUCUCGUCCCUGAUAUGGGCCGUGUUGAUGAAGUGCUGCGGCCUAGAAGAUCAUCUCCACUGGUUCUGGUGGGUGUUGACCGGGUGCGUCAUGAUGUUGAUGGAUUGGGGUACCCUAGCUCAGACGAUGUUAGCAUCGCCACCACCACUGCCACCACCACAUUUGCUGAUUUUCCCAUGGAGGAAUUCAGCCAACACAUGUAUGUCAAGAGCGGUCCGCUCGUGGAUGAUGAACCCCUAAAGUCGAACAAGGAGUUGAUUGAGCUGACACUCAAGAAUUUCGACUUGACGGGCCCCCACGAGGCCUACUUGAACAAAAUGACUAAUCUGGACUUGCUGUAUCAUAUGUACCCCUUUGCCAAGGACAUUGAGAGUAACGAAGUGGUUAAGAUCUUGUUGAAAUACAGCCAGGGUUGCUCGUAUUUGCUUACGCUGUUGUUGCUGUGUUCUGCCACUUUCCAAUUUGUCCAAACUCGCAAGGUUAUUCAUGAACAGAAUAGCGCCAAGUAUACUAGUGUCACGUUGAAAUUGUUGAGCGAGGCGUUUCCCCAGGAAGGUGGCGCCAGUAACAGCGGCAGUGGCAGUAACGGCAGCAACACGCGAGCUUUGGCGAAUGAUAUCGAGAAGUUGUUAUUGACUAUCCUUGUGCUUACGCUGACAUUCACCGCAAUGGCGUAUUUCCAAAACACCGCGGUGGAAAACCAGCCGCAACUGCAGCAGCAACUGCAGCAGCAGACGCAACGGCUUCCCCCAUCGAGAGCCUUAUCUUGGAAAACCCAUCUACGUGGAGUCAAGGACUUGCUAUUAAAAUACACCGACAUCACCCAGAAGAACCACGGCGGCAGUCACGCCAAAUGCGUCUCGGACGGGUUAGCGUUGGCCCGCGUCUGGUUCUUUGCGAUUGAAUCCGUAGCCGAGUUGAAUGACCCCCUCGGUGGCACGUUAAAGUACUCGAAGAAAAACAUCUCCACCGUGAGCGACAUCAUCAAGACCGACGCUGAGCUUGACCGUCUGGAUAUGGGUUAUUUAUGGCUCCAAACGGGUUAUUUCAACCGCGAGAAGAACAAGGAGUAUCAUGAUGCGUUAUUGCGUAUUGGGUUGAUUACGCCGCCCCCGUCUCCGCCGAUACCGCUGCAUGUGCGUGCUCGGCUGGUGCAGUUCAAUAUGUAUAUUGGAUGCAGUGUUUACGUGGUGAAGUUGAUUGACGAGUUUACCAAGUGUUUGGAUCUUUUGCGAGAUAGCAUCAGCAAGCGUGAGGAUAACAAUGUCAACGACAAAGUGCACGUCAAAGAGGAGAAACAUGAUGCUGCUGAUCAUCAUCGUGUUGAUCAUUACUCACAGAUAUCGGGGACUCGUGUCGCUCACAUAAUGUCGCUUAUCGACUCAGCGAGACAGAAUGAGAUUGUCCCCGGAGUCAAGCGUGAAAACUUCAUGAUCCCCCUGACGUCACCCGCGCAUCCACACUAUAGCAAACCCGACAAGAUCCAUCUACCCAGCUCAUGCUACGGCCAAGAACUUACACCCCAAGGCGAGCAAAUCUACUAUUCCUGGUUCGACCUAUCGGAACAGAUCCACGUGGACUCAUUCUGUCUCAAGUUGUUCACCACGCGCGGCUUGAUGAAGCUUGCUCGACUGCACCCCUUGGUGAAUGAAUUAAAGAUCCGCUUGCUCAACGGCAUGUUCUACAUCAAGCUGAAGCCCGCGCUGGAUCCGAGUGACAUCUACGUCGAGACUCAACAUUACUACACGCUGAAACGGUUGUUUGAUGCGCGGGCCAUGAUGGUGCAGAGCUGCUACCGCGCGUGCUCAAAGUUGAGGUGCGAAGACGACGAGUUUGAGAAGUUGGAGUUGUACUUCAGGCUGUUGGUCAAGUUUGGCAAUGGCAGUUCGAUGAUGGCGUUGGAUCAUGUGUGCAAGAUGCGGGCCAAGGCGAGAGAAGAACGAGAAAAGGUCGCCAAUGGUAAUGUGGAGUUGCGCGAUGAGGAGAGUGAUGAAGUUAGUAAUAUUGACAUUAUACCUUUUGCAUAG